CAGAUGCUCUGUGGGCCGGCUUGCAGUUGUGCAUUUCCGGAAACAACGAGGCUGCGGAAUUGGGGCUUUAAAGUGCGAGGAUCAAAGUGACUGCGUGCGGGGGCCCCGACUUCCUCGGGGGUGGAGAGGACAUGAGAAGAGGCUGGCAGUACUUUCCUUGGCCAGGACAUGCAGGUGGCCUUCACUUGCUGGGAGUGACCGCGUCCUGGGUCUGAAGCCAGUCGCACCUGUGGGGUGGCGCGUUAGGGGUGGGUUGGAGUGGUUAGGCUUUACUAAUGCAGGGAUUCUGGAAACCUGACGUGCCCUGGGGCGGAGGAGUCAUUUUGUAUUGAUGAGCUAAGAGCAAGACUUGCCCAGGUGCCAGGGGUUGGGAGCAGGUAGCAGUUCGAACGAGGCCCUAUGAGAGCUGAGGGGAGGGUACCCAUGACAUUUUCUCUGGACUUUAGUUUCUCCAUUUAACCUGAGAAACUUCCCUGUCCGUGAAUCUCUUGUUAAAAUAGGGAAGAGUGAAAGGACCAAUUUAGCAGCGUUGGGGCAUAUGCUUCUGCCCCGCGAGGCACUUUCACGUGUGUUCUGUUUACUGCUAUGGUCAGAGACCAGCCCCUGCUAUCUGGGGAAGGUCUGAGGAGGGCUGGCAGCUGUGGCUGCUUGAAGUCUUUAUUGCUUUCUUUGUGGGGAGUUGGUUUUAAAAUAUUUCCACUUUCCCUGCAGAAGCUCAGCAGCCUCUGCUGUCUCUGGGAGGGGGAGACCAGCGGUUUCCGCCUGCCUUCUGAUGCUUUUGUUCCUUGCUCCGAGACCUUCUGGGAAGCCCCCUUUUUCCACACAGCUUUCAUGGGUGGAAUUGGGUGCAACCGGUGAUGUUGACGGCCAGGGAGUGGCCGCACUGGGCAUGAUUCUGGGCGUGAUGCGGCUUUUCCUGUGGCUCUCCCUGAUCGUUGUUCGACCUGGCAGGGACACAGCACACAGGAGGACAGGCCCAAGGGACCCCUGGCUGGUGCCUGGACUUGGAUCAGGACAUCAUGCUGCAGCCUGCUGGUCCCACCCGGAAGAUGCCCCCCAGCGCCAGCGCCAUGGACUUCUUCCAGCUCUUCGUCCCCGACAACGUCCUCAAGAACAUGGUGGUGCAGACCAACAUGUACGCCCGCAAGUUCCAAGAGCGGUUCGGGAGUGACGGGGCCUGGGUGGACGUGACGCUGCCGGAGAUGAAGGCCUUCCUGGGCUACGUCAUCUCCACCAGCACCUCGCACUGCGAGUCGGUCCUGAGCAUCUGGAGCGGCGGCUUCUACAGCAACCGCAGCCUGGCGCUGGUCAUGAGCCAGGCCCGCUUCGAGAAGAUCCUCAAGUACUUCCACGUCGUGGCCUUCCGCUCCAGCCAGACCACGCACGGCCUCUACAAGGUCCAGCCCUUCCUGGACUCCCUGCAGACCAGCUUCGACUCUGCCUUCAGGCCUUCCCAAACCCAGGUGCUACACGAACCCCUGAUUGACGAGGACCCUGUGUUCAUUGCCACGUGCACGGAGCGUGAACUUCGGAAGAGGAAAAAGCGGAAAUUCAGCCUCUGGGUCAGGCAGUGCUCGUCCACCGGCUUCAUCAUCCAGUGCAUCCUGUUUGCUGAUCUGGGCCCUCAGAUGCAUUUUAAAUCCCUGAUCCCGUCUCUUCUGCAGCACCAGAUUUACGUCCACCUGAAGGAAGGCAGCGGCCCUGACGGGCUCGAUGCGCUGAAGAAUAAGCCGCAGCUGCACGGCAUGGUGGCCAAGAACCUGUGCCGGAACGCAGCAGGGAAAAACUAUAUCAUCUUCACUGGGCCCAGCAUCACCAGCCUGACCCUGUUUGAAGAGUUUGAAAAGCAAGAGAUCUACUGCUGCGGCCUCCUCAGCUCCAGGAAGAGUGACUGCACCGGCCUGCCACCUUCCAUGCUGAGCAACCCGGCUACGCCGCCAGCCCGGGGCCAGCACCAGAUCAGGAUGAAGGGGAGCAUGUCUUUGAUCUGCUGGUACAACAAGGGGCACUUCCGCUUCCUGACCAAUGCCUACUCGCCCAUGCAGCAAGGAGUGAUCAUCAAGAGGAGGAGUGGGGAGAUCCCCUGCCCCCUGGCCGUGGAGGCGUUUGCCGCCCAUCUCAGCUACAUCUGCAAGUACGAUGACAAGUACAGCAAGUAUUUCAUCUCCCAUAAACCAAACAAGACCUGGCAGCAGGUGUUCUGGUUUGCUAUCAGCAUCGCCAUCAACAAUGCCUACAUCCUGUACAAGAUGUCAGAUGCCUACCACGUGAAGAGGUACAGCCGGGCGCAGUUCGGUGAAAGACUCGUCCGAGAGUUGCUGGGGCUGGAAGAUGCCUCUCCAGCCCACUGAUGCCUGGGCGUGGUGGGGCUUAGGUAAGGACCAGGUCGAGGGAGGGGAGGGGGAGCCUGCUGUGCGACCCGCCAGCCAGAGACCGGAGAGCCCAGCAUGUGGCUGCGGCCCCGGGAGGAGCGCUCAGGCCUCUGGAGGGACCAGAACGGACCUGGUCAGAGGAUGCGCCGUCUGGGUUUCCACACCACGAAGAGCACGUCCUCCCUCCAGAGAGCAGCCACCGCCUUGUGGUGAGCGCCACAUCCAGACCCUCCCAGCGGCUGGUGCGGGGCAUUCCGUCUUCACAACCCCCUCGGAGGCCGCAGGAGCGCUCGCUCAGCACAGGGGACCUGGGGAGGCCACUGAUGCCAAGGCUCCAGGGAGGGUAUGAGCUGGGCAUGUUCUGCUCUGUAGAGACAGAAAGAUGCUUGGGACAUAGUUCUGUGUCAUGCCGUGUUCCACACGGCUGGGAUUGUUGAAGGGUGCGAGGAGCCCAGAGGGUUUUCCAGCUGAAAGCAGGGCUUGUAGAAGAGGAAACACAAGCUGGGGCCCUUAAGAAGCAGAAAUGGAACAGUGAGCUGAGGUCCCCAUAUAGAAGCCAGAUGUUUUUGCCCGUGUCCUGUGUGGCUGGUGGACGGGGGAGAAGGGAAAAUGGCCACAGGAUGGCAGUGAAGCGCGAUGCUGUUUUUUAUUUUUUAAUAUAUCUUCAGGUUAUUUUCUUACUGUUGCUUAAGAUCUUCUGUAAAAGGAAAUGUCCCUUUUCUUUUCUGCCCUCACCUGUCACGGCUCCUUGCAUGAUCACAGGUCUGAGGCCAGGGCCCGGGGCGGGCAGUUGGCGUCCAGAGCAGAUGUGGUUGCAUUCACCCACAGGGGCCUGUGGGCCUCGAGCUUGUCACAGACAUCACCAUUGGCGGAAUUACUUGUUUUGGAAACCGCAUAGCAUUUUUGAGAACACACUAUCUGUCUGGAUGACCGCUCACUAACUGUCUCUCCCGUGUGCGGUCGCCGCAUUCCAGCUUGAUUGGGUGUGAGUCCCAUGGGGCCGGGGGCCUACUCGCCGUGGACCUGAAAGGUCUACAUGAUGAACAGGGUGCAAGGGCUUUGCUUCAGGAAUCCUACACCCACUGGGCCUUUUUCGAACCAAGGUUCAGGCCACGGUGGCCCGCUGGCCUGGCUGUCCCCAGAGAAGAAACAAGUAAUUUCUGGAGUUACAUGAUCCACCUUCCUCCCCAACUUAUGUAGUCCCCUUGUUUUUACAAAUGCAGAAUCUACUCUACUCAGGCUUUGGGACUUUCUUCCUUGUUCUCACUCAGUUAAUUGAAAGUGUUGCCAGCCGCAUGCUCCCAGCUCCCAUCAUUUCAUACCCAGUUUCAUGACCCUCACUUCCGCCCUGUGGUUUUAAUUCGAUGCCACGGAUCGUCGGCCAAAUUUUAAAUUGUGUUUCGAAACACCUUUGCCGUGUCCUUUAAUUGGAUUGAAAGCACUUUUACCACAUGGAGAAAUAUAUUUUUAAUUUGUGAUGCUUUUCUACAAGGUCCACUAUUUCUGAGUUUAAUGCGUUUCCAACACUUAGGGAGACUCUAAUGAAAGCUGAUGAAUUUUCUUUUCUGUCCAAAUAAGUAAAAGAAAAAAAAAUAAAAAUCUAUUUAGAUGUUGAC